AUGAAGACCGACAACUACCUCACGCUGUGUCUCGAGCAGGCCACCAAGUCUCCGCUCCACUACCGCCAUGGUUGCAUCGUCGUGCGCGGCGGCAAGGUCAUCGGCCAGGGCUACAAUGACUAUCGCCCUGGCUUCAACGGCGGCGCCUUCAAGCACGGUGGCAUCGCCAAUGGCGGCUUAGAUGGUCCCGCCAUGAGUGAGGUGAAGGAGAAGCUCAAGAAGCACAAGCGAAGGGACAAGCAGCAGCAGCAGCAGUGUCAGCCCAUCUCCGAGGGAUGUUCUAGUGCCACUUUCCUCCCGUUUGAGGGCACCGGUGGCGGCCACCAUGCCAACGUUCCACUCAGCAUGCAUUCGGAGAUGAUGGCCAUCCACUCCGCCCUCACUGCCUCCUCCACGCUGUCCUCUACCGCCUUCGCCUGCGAAAAACCGUGCUUCAAACUACCGGGUUGUGAUAAACGCAAAGCGCGACUACGAGCCGAAGUGCUUAAACGCUACGUCGAGACCGUCUGCAGCACCAAGCGGGAAAUGUUGGCACUAAGGAAGCACGUGCAGCAGAGUGGCGCGCAGCACGUGCAGCAAGAAUGGCGUGGGGCGUUUCACGUGCCAGAGGGUGGAGAGAAACAUCAUCAUCAUCAUCAGAAGCGGAAAGGGAAGGAAAAGAAAAAUCAGAAGGACGUGUAUCAGUACGAGUAUCAACACAACCGGUCUGGACAACAGACACAACAGUUCCAUGGGCUGCAACAACACGGACAGGGUUCUGCGUCUAGAGAGCUGGAUGACAUACCACGAGGUUACGAAUCAGCGCUACACAAUCGCGGUACAUCAAGUGCGGCUGCGUGCAACGAGCCACCGCAGCCAGAGCCGAUACUUCUUCCCAAGGCCCAGUCAGGGCCAAGCUUGUCCGACCGAAAGAAGCAUCCUCGUUUGAUGGGCGCCGACCUGUACGUCGCCCGCCUCGGCAGGCGCAAACCGAACGGUACUGAGACCCUAACGCUGCCAACUGUCCGGAUCCCAAUGGCCGCAGCUGAGGUUUCACCAUCGUCUCCGCUUGCAAACGAGGUUAUUUUCGCCACCGAGGCUGGAAAGCCGCUGGCCGAAUCUGUCAGCUCGCUGCCUACCACAACCACUACAUCCACUUCUGGCUCACUGCAUGACGAGCUUAUCGAUCGCAAGCCAUCUCCGAGCCGCAUUGCAAUACCAGAAGUAAAUCUUGCACCAAACGUCGUCCGGGCGUCGCGACCGUGCUAUCGCUGCAUCUCAUACAUGCAUUCAGUCGGUAUCAAGCGCGUCUUCUGGACGAAUGACGCAGGCGAGUGGGAAGGCGGCAAAGUGCGCGAUCUCGCUGAUGCGCUUGAUAGCUCGAUGGAGAGUGUCGCGAAGGGAGCAGAUGGUGGGCCUACGGGUAACGGUGUGUUUGUAACCAAGCAUGAGGUGUUAAUGCUGAAGCGCUUGAUGGACGAUGGUCGCCGCGUAACGUCAGCUUUCUAA